AUGUUUGAGGGGCUUCACAACAUAUGCAUAGAGUGUGGAAAGUAUGAGCAUUCGACCAAAGCAUGCCCGCUCCUCCAGAAAGAGGGCCCCACUCCACCACCUCAAGAGACUGCACCAAUCGAACCUCAAGAGAAAAAGGCAAUGUAUGGUGAGUGGAUGAUGGUAAAAUCGAGGAAUGAGAAGAAGCAGGGAUCCAGGACUAAGGGAACACAAGCGGCCCAUGAAGUUGAUGAGAACAAUUCAAGAGGAAAUGGAUCUCGUUUUUUGGUGCUAGAGCAGGAGGAAUCCCCAGUCGUCAUGGAGACUGAGACAUUAACUCUGGAGGAAGCUCUGGAGGAUCAAAAUACGACUAUCCGGGCACCCACUAAGUCAAACAAGGUGCCAGAGACCCUCCAUAUGAGUAACGCUGGCAACCGUGACAGCUUAGCUUCCCGUGCGGCGACGUAG